AUGGAUCAGCAGCAUCCGCUACUGAUCGCCAGUGAAAACAUUCACGACAGUGGUAUCAUCGAGGAUGUGCACCAGGAAUCGGAGGACACCGGAAACGAGGAUUACGGCGACGAAAGCAACCUCGAGUCGAACCUGCGCCGGCGGAAGGGGAAAAUUAUUUCCUGUGUCGAAAAUGCCUCAAGAUUAAUCCGCAGACGUGUGCCUUGUGCCGGCCAUUUGAUGACACCCCGACGGCUAUGGCUGAACAAAAUUCCAACCCAGUGUGAUGUGGUGAUUGAAUUUCCAGAAGACGCUCCAGAUGAUGCGCUGCGGUGGUUACUAAACAGGAUCAAGGCUAACCCACCGGAAGGGUUGGGACUGUCGGCGAUGGUACGGGCACACGAAAGCACCAAGCGUACCGCAUUCUACAUUACCGCCCCAAUGAAUGUAUUAUUUAAGGCAGCCGAAGAUGCCCGCCUGCCAAAGCGGCUGCGAACCGACCUCGGUGGUGCGUUGAAGGAGUUCACCAAACGGGAAAGUCAUUGCUUCGCCCAAUCGAAGGACAGCGAGGGUGCCAACAGUCUUUUUACGUCCCAGGAGCGGCAGUGGCUCGUGCUACAGGUUCUGCAGGGCCUGCGAGCUGGAACGUCGGAUCUGAAAGCGCUGCACGGCAGAGCACAGGUCGAGGAGGGACAGAGCAUCGUGGCCGCCUGGCAAGAGCUGGGCCUCAUAACGCAGGUUUUCCCGCUUCACGAAACAACCGCUCUGCAGCAACUCCAGUCUAGCUGGGUACGGAAGUUCUUCGCACCGCAACCCCUAGACGAUAUUGCGGCAUACUUUGGAGUUAAAGUGGCGCUUUACUUUGCCUGGCUCGGGCACUACACCUGUGCACUGUGCGUACCGGCCGUGCUAGGCACUAUACUGUACGCAGGACUUUGGGGUCGAGGACAGACGGCUCAAGACAUUGGACACGUCAUUUUCUCGCUCUUCAACGUGGCCUGGGCGUCACUCUACCUGGAAGCCUGGAGGCGGUAUUCGGUCGAGUUGGCUUUCCGUUGGGGCACUUUGUCAACGCCACCCGAGCUGCUGGAACCUCCGCGCCCACUCUAUAAGGGGCCGCUCGAGGAAAGCUCCGUAACCGGACGGCUGGAGCCGAAGGAAGCACCGGCCUGGCAGAGGCGAGCCUUCCGUUAUCUAGUUAGCUUUCCAAUUAUAGGGCUCUGCCUGGUGUUGGUGUUUAUUGUGAUGUUCCUGAUGUUGAGGCUGCAGGAUUGGCUCGAUCAACACUUACCCUAUAGCAGUGCUGGCCUGUGGGAGUGCAUGUGCAUAGUGUCUCAGGACUGGUGGGAUGCCAAGCUGCCGGAGCAGGGCGUUUUCAGCUGUUUAAGCGUAAUACCGAAGGUCCUGCUAGCCGGCGCCAUUACACUAAUGGACGAAGCAUACUACAAGCUCGCCGUCUGGCUGAACGAUAAAGAAAACUAUCGGCUGCAGUCGAAGUACGAAAAUCAUCUCAUCGCCAAGGUGGCCCUUUUCCAGUUUGUCAACAGUUUUCUUUCCCUCUUUUACAUCGCCUUUUACCUGCGCGAUCAGGACAAGCUGAAAGAGCAACUGGCUGGAUUGCUGAUAUCGCGACAGAUCAUCGGCAACCUUCGCGAGUCCGCCUGGCCCUAUCUGGUAGAGCAAUGGCGCCUGGCGAAGCUGAGCUUCAAAAUGUGGGGUGCGCUCAGUCCAACGCAGGAGCUCCCACCGAACGUAGCGGCAUCCUCUUCCACCACCACCACCACCAUCACCACCAGCACCAUUAGUGCCGUCGGUGAUGGCAAGCAGCAGGAUGAGGGCAAAAGUCCUUCCGAGUACUCGUCAUCCUCCACCACACCGAAACGAUCGAUCGGGCAAGCUGAAAUUGAAAGCUCACUGUACAAGUAUGAUGGUACAUUUUCCGACCAUCUGGAAAUGUUGGUACAAAUGGGGUACGUAGUGCUGUUUUCCGCCGCAUUUCCUCUCGCAGGUCUGUGCGCGUUGGCCAAUAAUUUGCUCGAGAUUCGUUCCGAUGCGUUUAAACUCGCCCAUGUCCACCAGCGACCAUUUGGUCAACGGGUAGCCAACAUCGGCACCUGGCAGAACGCUCUCGGGAUGCUCGGAUUGGCAGCUGUCAUCGUGAACUGCGCUCUGAUUGGACUGUCCGGUCAAGUUUCCCGCCUAUGGCCCGGCCUAACGUCCACCCAAACGGUCAUUUUAAUCGUAGCACUUGAACAUGUGAUGCUUGGAUUGCGGUCCGCGUUGACGUGGUUACUACCCGAGCUACCGUCCUGGCUGGCGGCAGAGAUCGCCCGUGCAGAACACUGUCGGCGCGAGAUGCAAUGCAAAGGACCAUCGCCGCGUCAAACGCCACCAUCACCACCGUCCUCCACGUCAAUCUCUCACCACGAUCAGGACUUUAACAGCAAUCAGGACAUUUUCGAUAAAACCGAACAAUCCGUUGGCAGAUUUCACAUAUCUCCAAGUCACGACAAUGGUCAGGAAAGCGAGCUGGAGCGGGCCGCCAAACUGGAUAAUCUCAGCAUUCAUCCGGUAUCGACAGUAGCUCAACAUAUGCAGCAGCAACAUCAACAACCACCACAGCACAAAAACUCUCAAAGCAGCUGCGAUAAUAUGGACAUUUUUGCCAUGGACACGCGUGACGUUUCGCCCGAUUCGCCGAUCUCGCAGACAAGCACAGUAUUAUUACGACCUCUUCAAGAUUCUCCUCUUAGUGGUCAAUCUGCACAAACCGUUGCAUUAGAAUCGUCACAAACGAAUUCAGGUGCAUGUCUUAAGCAGCCAAGCAUUAAGGUCGCCGACAUACCGCCCUUCCGAGGACAAGCGAUGAAGCACAGCUGUAGUAUUUACGAUAAGCGAAGCAUCAACCUUGGUGAAAUUUCGCAGAGCCCUCGGGUUGCAUCGAAACCGAUCCAGAUUCCAGAAAUUCCACCAUUCCGCAAGCAGGCCCACUCAACGAUGCACUCGCCCGUCAAUCAGAGCCCACAGAACCCCGCACACAUGUCGUCCGCCAAUCCUUCGCCUCCGCGGAUCGCCGAAAUUCCACCGUUCCGGCCGCGCAAUCGCUCCAAGGAAUGGAUGCCCAACAUCGAGGUGGGUCGACUGAAGCACACCGAGCACCAUCUCACGAUUGGCCCUAGCGGAGGAGCCGAAUGGGCAAAACGCUUGAAAGCAGCCGAUCCUUCCAUCAUUCACAGAAGUACCGACUGUAUUGUAGCGAAGCAGCAGGAACUUGCUACCGGUUCUGAUUCGGAGUUGCUCAAACCAGCACCGUCCUGGACAAAUGUGGCGAUCAAGGCCGGUGAGCAGCAGGCGGGCACAAGCAACAGCGCCCCCUCGGUAAAAGCUCCUACCGAAGAGGAAGCCAAAGCGGCUGAGCUUGCCGCCAAAAAGUCACGCCUGAAACAAAGCCUGGUCAAACGGGCACGAUCGGUAGCCAUCUUCUCGCUCAAGCUUAAAGAGCAGAGAGCAAAACGGGCAGAAAAAAUGGCUCUGGAAGCACUGGAAGCUUUACCGGCGCCACCACCUGGUGGCGAACUAUCCCUGAUACCGAUCGAGCAGCUGAUCCAGGUGGACGAUGUACUAAGCCAACGAAACCAUGGAAGUGGUUCUGGUCACAAUAAUGGCCAUUCGUAA